AUGGUACUCUGGCUCAAGGGAGUCACCUUCAACAUCACCACUGUUGACACCAAGAGGCGGACUGAGCGCAGAAGCUGUGCUCAGGGGGGGCAGCUCCCAUUCCUGCUGUAUGGCACCAAAGUGCACACAGACACCAACAAGAUUGAGGAGUUUCUGGAGGCGGUGCUGUGCCCUCCCAGGUACCCCAAGCUGGCAGCUCUGAACCCUGAAUCCAACACGGCAGGGCUGGACAUAUUUGCCAAAUUUUCUGCUUACAUCAAGAAUUCAAACCCGGCACUCAAUGAUAAUCUGGAGAAGGGGCUCCUGAAAGCCCUGAAAGUUUUAGACAAUUACUUGACAUCCUCUCUCCCAGAAGAAGUGGAUGAGACCAGUGAUGAGGACGAGGGCAUCUCUCAGAGGAAGUUUCUGGAUGGCAAUGAGCUCACUCUGGCUGACUGCAACCUGUUGCCAAAGCUCCACAUAGUACAGUUGGUCUGUAAGAAGUACAGGGGAUUCUCCAACCCCGAGGGGUUCCACGGAGUACAUCGGUAG